AUGGGGAAAAAUUCUGAAACAGAAAGAGAUGAGCAACAAGAAACAACAACAGCUAAUGUUAAUGAAAAUACAAAUACUGAAGAAAGCCAACAAAUUCAAGCUCUUACAGAAAAUAACAAAAGAGAUGAUACUGAUGAACAACCUGAACUAACAGAUGGAGAAGACGAAGACAACCUGACACAUUCUAUGUCAUUGAACAAAGAAAUAACAGCAGCAGAUGCAAAUAAAGAAAAAAAGAAGGCAAAAAAGUCUGCAAAAAAGGAAGGAAACAAAACUUCAAGUGACUUUUCUAAACAACAGACAUCAAAACAGACAGAAACAAAAAAAGAUUCUUCAUCUGCACAAUCUGACAUUUCAAAAUUUUUAACCCCAAACAGUAAAACAAAUGCUGCUAAGGAAAGAACCCCACCUACUCCCAAUCAACCAGAUGGGAAAAGACAAUCAGUCCAUCUAUAA